CCUCAAACCAUUAUCAUCAACCUACCCGUCAAUGGUCUUCCAAGCCAACGAGACCAUCGAUUCUACCCGGUGGCUUUUCGUCUCUCGUCGCGACCUCUCUGCCAACUCGUCCUUCUUCUAUGGUGUCAUAUCGACCCAGAUCUUUUGCCGGCCGACGUGCCCUGGUCGUGUCGCUCGACGGGGCAACGUCGUCUUCUUCAACGACCUGCAGCAUGCCUCGCAAUCCGGAUACCGACCCUGCAAGCGGUGUGAGCCAUGUAAUGACGACUGGAGCAGGAACAGCAGCGGUCGCAAAAUUGCACAUCAGGCGCGCGCUAUGAUUGCCGCCGCCGAGGCCGACAGCCUCAAGUGGACCGUAGGGGGCCUCGCGCGGAAGCUGGGCGUCGCCAGUGCACACCUCCACCGGCGGUUCAAGAAAUGUUUCCUCAUGACUCCCAAGGCUUUUGCCGAGUCUCUGAGUACGCCGGAGAGAAGCCUAUCGGGGUAUUCGGGACUCGACGGGCAAGCUCCGUCCUUAGACUACGUGUUACCAGAGACAUCUACAGACCUCGAAGAAUACUAUCCUUUGGACGACCUCUUAGGAAAUUUCUCAACUUGGUCUACGGAUGAUGUGGAAUUGUUCAUAGCUCUGGGCCCUACUGUAAGUACGAGAUUUCAAGAUGAGUUUUAACCAAAAGUCUUGUGGUGCGGCGGAAACCUUUUUUUCUUCUUAUUUUUUUUCGUUUUCUUUCAUAAAACAAAAAAACAAACAAAGACCUAUGUUUAACUGAUUUUUUGUCAUUGAAAUUCCUCUGUUUCAUUUCAAGACUAGAGACCAAUUCGUUCACGGCCAGCUAGUCUUGAUGAGGUUUGUGUGGACAGAAGUCAAGGCGUUGAUAGU